AUGCCUCAGAAUUUCCAAGGACUGACUCCACCGUCAGAAUCAUAUACAGAACAGAUCUGUCAACCACACUUUCACGAAGAUGUACGACCCGCAUUACCUAGCGUUCACGAGCGAUGCAUAUCUACGCCACGUCUUUUCUGGAACAAACCAUCACUCGAGGUUUCGAGGAUGGGGGACGCAAUGACUCCACUGAGCGGAUGCUUGCUUAUCUUCUCAUCACACUUUUCGUUAAACAUGGCUUCCAUACUUGAGCUUAGCCGACGCCCACCGGUACAUCCAUACGCACCGCUGCGUUACCUCUCGCUCAUCGAAGGUGUGGUUUGGAGUUUCUUGUUAGAUACGCAGGCUUCGAGUUUCCUCGCCCAUUGUGUGCUUCGUUCUGGGGGUAUCUCGAAGCAUUCAUGGACGUUUUGCUCGUCACACGCUGACAUUGUUUUCACUAAACUUCGACAGGUCUCAACAAAGUCUGACGGAGUAUGGACGGCGACACCAAAUUGCUGGAAGUCUUGA